AUGGCGUCAACAGACAAGCCUGUGCCUACUGUCCUACCUCAAGCUAACCUCUUCACAAUAGAAUCGAUACCCUCGAAAGGGAAGGGUCUCAUAGCUGCCAAGCCCAUACCUGCAGGCACGCUUCUAAUCAGCGAGUCACCUCUCUUCACAACCGCCUCCCUGACCAACGCCGACACCAUAGAAAAAGACCUCGGCGUCAUCAUCCGCGGCCUGCCCAAGGACCGCCAACGGGCCUUCCUGUCGCUACACAACAACUUCCCCGGCCAGCCCAACCCCUUCUCCAACAUCAUCCGAUCCAAUGGAUACCCCUUGGGGCCCAACAGCGAGGUCGGGGGCGUGUUCCCGCUGAUCGCGCGGCUGAACCACUCGUGCCGGCCCAACGCGCAGCACUCAUGGAACAGCAAGCUGGGGGCGCAGACGGUCCACGCGCUGCGCGACGUGGCCGCCGGCGAAGAGUUGACGCUUUCGUACCACAACGGCGGGCCCUCGGCCGAUCGCCGGGCCGCGCUCAGCCAGUUCUUCAACUUCGACUGCGCCUGCGAGCUCUGCUCCUUGCCCCGGGAGCAGCGUCGCAAGAGCGACAAGCGGCUCCGGGACGCCGCCCAGCUCGACGAGAUGAUCGGCAACGGCAAGCGCGUGCAGCUGCAGCCCGCGGAUGCGCUGAAGGACUGCAAGGAGCUGCUUCGGAUCUACGAGGCGGAGGGUAUCAGGGAUACCCGGCUGCCGAGGCUGUACUAUGAUGCUUUCCAGAUCUGCGCGGCGCAUUCGGAUGCCGCCAGGGCGAGCGUGUUCGCCGAGAGCGCGAGGAAGGUCCGGGUGAUCAGCGAGGGACCGGACAGUGAGGAGGCUGCGAACAUGGAGCGCCUACAAGAGAAGCCAGAGAAUUUCGAGAACUGGGGGUCGACGAAGAAGUGGGCGAGCAAAGUCACAGAUCGGGAGACGAGGUACAAGGAUAUCGAGACCCCUGUCAGUACGAAGACAGCCUCGAUCUGGGAUGCAUAG